UCGCACUGCUGAUUGGUCAGGAGGCCACAGGUCUUUGUGAAGUCGCUAGGGUUCCAGGCCAGGCUGGGGCAGGAGUAUGGUGGAGAUGCUGCCAACUGCCAUCCUGCUGGUCUUGGCUGUGUCUGUGGUUGCUAAAGAUAACGCCACGUGUGAUGGCCCCUGUGGGUUACGGUUCAGGCAGAACCCACAGGGGAGUGUCCGUAUCGUCGGAGGGCAGGAUGCGGCACUCGGGGCCUGGCCCUGGAUGGUCAGCCUCCAGGUCUUCACUUCCCACAACAACCGAAGGUAUCAUGCGUGCGGAGGCACCCUGCUGAACUCCCACUGGUUGCUGACGGCUGCUCACUGCUUCGGGUCCAAAAAAAAAGUAUAUGACUGGAGACUGAUUUUUGGAGCAAGGGAAAUUGUGUAUGGGAGCGAUAAACCAGUGAAGCCGCCUCAACAGGAGAGAUAUGUCGAGAAAAUCAUCAUUCAUGAGAAAUACGUCCCCAGUUUAGAGUACAAUGACAUUGCUCUCUUGAAGAUCACCCCUCCAGUUCCAUGUGGGCAGUUCAUCGGACCCGGCUGCCUGCCCCAAUUUAGGGCAGGCCCACCCAGAGUCUCCCAGGCCUGCUGGGUGGCUGGCUGGGGAUUCUUAAGAGAGAAUGCCUACAGGACGUCACCUACACUGCAGGAGGCACGCGUGAACCUCAUCGAUCUCGACUUAUGUAACUCCACCCAGUGGUACAACGGGCGCAUCCGGUCCACCAACGUGUGCGCGGGGUACCCUGAAGGCAAGAUUGACACCUGCCAGGGGGACAGCGGCGGUCCUCUCAUGUGCAGAGACAACGUGGCAAAUACCUAUGUGGUCGUGGGAGUUACAAGCUGGGGGGUAGGCUGUGCCCGAGCUAAGCGCCCUGGAGUCUACACGGCCACCUGGCCCUAUCUGAACUGGAUUGCCUCCAAGAUCGGUUCUAAUGUCUUGCACAUGGCUCAAGUGCCCACCCCUCCUCCUCCCACUACUCCAGCACCCCCAGUCAGACUCCCCUCUGCCCACCCUUCUGCUCGCCCUCCUUGGUACUUCCAACGCCCUGUUCAACCACUUCCCGUGCAUCCCCCUGCAUCUCAACCUCGACCCCGACCCCGACCCAAACCCCCAGCCCCGUCCCUGCCUCCACCUCCACCCCCACCUCCAUCCCCAUCCCCACACCCUCCCGCACCCCCACCUAUCACUAAACCUCCCCAAGUGCUUUCUUUUGCCAAGCGGCUACAGCAACUCAUAGAGAUCUUGAAGGGGAAGACCUUUUCUAGUGCAAGGGGGUAUUAUGAAAUGGAGACCACAGACCUCCCCGAACUGACGGCUGCUUCCUGAUCCAACCCCAUUCCCAACAGACCCAGUGAGCCCUUCACUCUUGAGAAAAAAAAAAAAAGAUGAAAUAAAUAACUAUAACUAUAACUAUAAAUACAUAUCCAUGAA